AUGAACUAUGCCGUGCUGCCGCCCGAGACGCCUCUACCUCGAUUUUUUUGCAAAUCACCGAUAACCAUAGGUACAAAAACUGCAAGCGGCUGGAGGAGGCGAAGCCUCCCGCCGCACAAGCAUUAUCAGCUGGACCUCGAUUAUUUGGAAAGAAGAGGCGGAAAUACAAUAACUUACGAGGGCGCCGAAGGAGGAUCGAAAGAAGAGGACAGUCCUGCAGACACUUUAGAUCGCGUUAAAGUAAUCUUUCUGGGUGCACCCGGCGUGGGAAAGACGAGUAUAAUCCGACAAUUUGUUUGGAGCGAAUUCUCCGAGGAGUACAGACCGACCGAGAGACGGGAGACAUUUUAUCCGAGCGUGCUUCUGGCUGAUCGAUUGUACGAAUUGAAGAUCACCGAUCUACCCACUAUUCCAUAUUUUCCGGUCAGCUCACACCUGGAAUGGACGGACUUUCGUUAUUACGGGUUGCGAAGUGCGACAGCGUACGUGCUCGUGUUUGAUCUUAGCAAUCAGGACACGUUUCAGUAUAUCAGAACGUUACGUGAACAAAUCUAUGAGGCGCGCGACAUGAGAGGCGUACCCCUGCUGGUGGUCGGGAACAAGCAGGACGAACUGUCGCAGACCGCCGCUUCCGGGACCAGAUACAGGGACAUCGUGAACCUCGUUCGGAAACACUGGAGAUGCGGUUACGUCGAGUGCAGUGCCAGAUUUAACUGUCGCGUGGUACAGGUGUUUCGGGAACUGAUGAAGAGCAUACAGGCGAUAGAAGGUAGGCCAACCUCGCCGUCGCCCGCGGCCACGCAGCCGAUGCGAUCGCAUCCACACGACACCGGCGAGAAGUGCAUUCUUCUCUGACAUUGAGACUUAAAUCAUCUCCCUGUUACGGGACAGUAUCACGUGGAUCGGACUGCGCGAUCAUGCGCGAGAACGCAUUCUCCCAUAAAUGUACGGUAAUACAGUCAUCGAUUAUACAACGCGGAGCCAAGUAGUCGGCCCAUUGUAUGGUCCGCGGGCAAUAAAAUCAGAACGAAUGUAUAGAUCUGCUCAAGCGAAGAGGCACGUCGCUCGAGUCACGAGAAUCGAGAGCAAUAGACGUCACAUUUGAGAAUGACUUUCCUAAGGCUGCAUGCGCGCAAUCACACGAGCGAGACGUGGACGUGGACGAUUUCGAAAUAAGCGACAAUAAUAAUAAUUGAGAUUUCGUACGUCAACGGUAAAUUCGCCGCGGCACGCGAAUUAAUUGCUGCUUCAAUCGGAGAUUUCGUAAUUCAGGGAGGUUCUCACUCGCAGCUUCGAAAUUUCGGUGGUUCAACCGGCGGGAAGAAUCCGUCUUCUCUCGCGGUGUUACACUUUUGUAUCCACAUUAAUCGCGCUUGCACAACGAUAUUUCUUCAUAUUAGACCAUUAUUGAUUACGAUUCUACGAUAAUCAUAAUUUUCGUCAAAUUCGAUUUUUUACGCAGUAAAAUUACGUUCAUUUAUUGAAACUGAAAUCAAUUUCGAUGAGUUCAGAUCUCUAAAUGAAGCGAGAUCGUAUAUAGAAAUUAAUAUUUGACACGUGUUAGAAGUGCUCAGAAGAGGAGGUGUUAAGUAGCGUAAUAAUUAGAAGGAAAAUAUGGUACUGAAUAAGCCAAGAAGGUAGCGAGAUGCAGCGCGGAAUUCCUUUCAGCUCAACCCUUUCCUGCAUUCGGCCUAAUAACAUUCACGCUGUAGGUAGGUACCUGGCGAGGACGAAGCAAUAGUAUAUAUACACAUACACAUAUAUAUUUUACUAUGCUGUUAAGAGAGUUAAUCGGUUAUUAAUCUAACGUUAAACGGUCAGUCGAUCGCGAGGAUAUAAUCGUUAAAUAUAUAUAUAUAUAUAUAGUAUAUAUA